GGGGUCCCGGGUUUCGGCACCAUCUGUAAGGGUGGUCCGCCUACAGGGGUUCAGGCUGCAGGGUUGCUGAGUGACUAAAGAAACGUUACCAGCAAGAUGUUUGAAAAUUGUACAUUUCUUACAGAGAGUGCCAAAGAAAAGGAGCCGAGAAUAAAAGAGCCAGAGCAACAGUUACAAUCUUCUUUUAUCCCUUCAUUGACCAUGUGACUGAAACCAAAAUAUGAGACAUCCAAACUGACCAAUCAGAAGAUUAAAACUUCCCCCACUGUACUAAAGGUGUGACAAUUCGUAGACCCCCAAUGUACACACAUCUUGGCCUAUAGGCCUUGAUCACUAUCAACACCUUUGUGCCUUUGAAAUGGCCCUUGUAGCAAGAGAGAGGGGGUUGAAACAGUAAAGCAAAUGUCUUUGCUCAUUUAAAAAUAUCUUUGGAUAUUUUCAAUCUUACAAGGAAAAGGGCAGACUUGAAUAAAUAGCAACACAGUAGCAAACAAUACACAAUAAAAAACAAAAAUUAAUAGUUAAUCUAAAGUUUGAACAUUUAUGAGUAGGCUAAAACAUCUUUAUUUGAACGUGCGUUGUGUGACCAUUUGCACUAACAGUAAGCCUACACGUUGCUCAAACACAGUGCUAAAAUAAAGGAAUUAUACAUGGUUAAAUUUGACCUGCUGGCAGUUUUAGGAAUAAAUGCUCUGUUUUUUAAUCUGGUUUUAUCUGUUAUGUAGGUUACAUUUGAAAAACAGCCAUAAAUUUUACCCCGUGGCGGUUCUAGUGUUAAGUAUAUUGAGUACAUGUACAGUAUUAGACCUUUCUGUCAGUACAAGUCAAGUAUACUUCAGUGCAAUUUUAAGUAUAUUAUGUAUGUAUAGUAUUAUGUAUAGUAAAGUAUGUUAAUUUUUCUUAACUUAGUUAAUUCCAUACAUGUAAAAUUUACUUUAAAAUAUUAGUGCAAAAACUUGCAAAAGAAAAAUUAAGAAAAAUGUACUUUUUUCAGUGAAGAAAACCUUGAACAAUGUUACACUCACAUGUAAACGGAACCUCAAGACAAGAACAUUUGAACAUUUGAUCUCUCUUAAUUGUUACUAUAAUUCUUAAUAUGCCAUAUAUGGUAAAGUUUGAUCUUUGAGUAUGAUUGGUUGCCCAGGACAUCCUGGAUUUUAUUUCCUGAUCCUGUGUGUAUAAAUAUGACACAUCUUCUUUCAGUAAAUAUGCGAAUGUUAUGGUACACAGGCUCUGUGUCGGCUUGAUCAUUCUCUAACACUUAACACUUGUACACAUUUGAAAUAUUAUAAAAUCUUCCUCUGAGAUUCUGAAGGCAACAGCUUGAAAACCAAGGUGAGUUUCUGGAACAGAGACCUACUGAAUACAUUUUCAACCUAAAGUAUUUUUGUUCUUUGUCUUUUAAUGCAUUGGAGAAUCCCCAGUGUGCAGCAUAUGAGUGCAUGCAGACAUUUAACUUUUCCUGCUUAUUCAUUUCAGGUUCAUCAUGGCAGUGCUGAGAAGUUUUCUGCUUCUUUUCAUCAUCUUUUCCAUGGGGAAUGCACAAGCUGACCUUGAUUGCCCCGAUGGAUGGGCAAUUUAUGGGUUCCGAUGCUACAAAUACAUCUCUCAGCCGGCUAACUGGAUCAGAGCAGAGAGAAACUGUCAAAGUCUUGGUGCGAAUCUCGCAUCUGUGCGUAAUAAACUGGAAAAUAAUUUCCUGCUGAGUCUGUUGCCUACUCCUUCCACACGUUCUUGGGUCGGUGCUCAUGAUGGUGUACAAGACGGACAGUGGUUGUGGAGUGAUGGAACUGUGUUCGGCUACACCAACUGGUGCACUGGAGAACCUAACAACAACCAACAGCCAGAAAACUGUUUGGAGAUAAACUUUUCCACUGACCGUUGCUGGAAUGAUGCACGCUGUUCAGACUCAAUGAGCUUUAUUUGUGCUAAGGCAGGGGUCUCAAACUCAAAUUCGCGGGGGGCCGUUUCUGCGAUUGCCACCUAAUAGGAGGGCCAUAUUAACAUUCAAGCGCAAGAAAGCACAACAUUUCAGAAAAUUUGCUUUCCUUUGCAUUAUUUCUCAUUUACUUCAAAUUUCAUUAGGCCUACUAAAAUAAUUUUAUAUUAUUGCAUAUCAGACAGGUAGCAACUAGAGAAUAAUAAUAAUAAUAAUUUAGCGGGCCGGAUUAUGUUUUAUUUUUGAGAUCAGUUGCGGGCCGGAUGGAGGGGGAGGGCGGGCCGUUUACGGCCCGCGGGCCGGCAGUUUGAGACCACUGUGCUAAGGACCUGUGAGAUCAUAUGAAGUCAUCCUGCUCCACAGUUACUCUGAUUGAACUACAUUUACUUUUCCUGAUCUUAUCUUUACAAAAAUGUUAUUCUGAAAGAAAACCUCUUCUAAACUUUAAUCUCUUCUUAAUAUCUUGAAAAAUUUCUCAAAUUAAUAAAAGCAUUGACAAAUCAUGUGCAUUGUGGACAAUCAAAUUCAUGUAUAUAAAAGUACA